AUGCAUCUGGAGAAGGAAGGUGGCCGGCUGGGCUCCCACGAGCUAGAGGUGGAGCUCCAUCAGACGUCGGCUCCCACGCGUGCUGGCCUGGGCUUCACCACCAGCGGCCGCAGGCCACAGCGGGGACUCAGCGGGGCUGACCCCACGAGCCCCUACCCCAGCGGGGCGGCCGGGCAGAGCUGCUGGGUUCCUGUGGACCAGGAUUUUGCUUCCUUCCUCACGGAGCGGAGGUUUCAGGCACCUUCACCCCAGUUCUGCCGCUCCAGGGCCAUGGAGCCCUGCUUUACAGAAACCACUCCAUUGCUGGGGAAUUCCUCCCAAGACAAAGGGUCGCGGUGCCUGGCCGUGUGCCACCCGGAGCUCAUCACCGCUGAGUCCUGGGACGCCAGCUCGGCCGAGUGGGAGGGCAGGUCGUUGCUGAGCAGUGAGGCGGCCGGGUCCUCCCGAUCCGCCUCCUCAGACAAGGGCGACCUCUUGGAAGGCGCUCAGGCCCGGCUCCGUCUUUCCAAGCUGAGGCGCUGUGCGCGGUGGCUGAGGGUCGCGGGCCUGUUCGCCUUCGUGGUGAUGUGCUCGGUUUCCUUUAGCCUGUAUCCAGACCAAGGGAAGUUCUGGCAGUUGCUGGCUGUGUCACCGCUGGAAAGCUACUCUGAGAACCUCAGCAGCCGAGCUGACUCCACGCUGCUCCAGGUGGACCUGGCAGGGGCCCUGGUGGCCGGCAGCCCGAGCCGUCCCGGGAGAGAAGAGCACGUGCUGGUGGAGGUGACGCAGGCCAGCGCUCCCGGCUCCAGGCGGCGGCCACAGCAGGUCACUCACAACUGGACGGUGCUUUUGAGCCCUCGGCGCAGCGAGCACUUGGUGGUGAGCAGGACCUUCGAGGUUCCGAGCAGGGACGGCGUCUCCAUCAGCGUCCGGGCCGCCCUCCAGCAGCCCCGCGUGGUCCCCCUGCUGCUCGCGCACCAGCACCUCCGGGCCGGCGUGGGAGCCCAGGCGACCGUCGCCGCAGUCAUCCUCGCCGGCGUCUACGUGCUGAUCAUAUUUGAGAUCGUGCACAGGACCCUGGCAGCCAUGCUGGGCUCCCUGGCGGCGCUGGCGGCUCUGGCUGUGACUGGCGAUAGGCCCAGCCUGGCGCACGUGGUGGAGUGGAUCGAUUUCGAGACCCUGGCCCUGCUGUUCGGCAUGAUGAUCUUAGUGGCCAUCUUUUCAGAAACCGGGUUUUUUGAUUACUGUGCCGUGAAGGCCUACCGGCUGUCCCGGGGGCGGGUGUGGGCCAUGAUCAUCACGCUCUGCCUCUUCGCCGCCGUCCUCUCCGCCUUCCUGGACAACGUCACCACGUCGCUGCUCUUCACGCCGGUGACCAUAAGAUUAUGCGAGGUGCUCAACCUUGACCCCAGACAAGUCCUGAUUGCAGAAGUGAUCUUCACCAACAUCGGGGGCGCGGCCACCGCCAUCGGGGACCCACCAAAUGUCAUCAUUGUUUCCAACCAGGAGCUGAGGAAGAUGGGCCUGGACUUCGCAGGAUUCACGGCGCACAUGUUCGUGGGGAUUUGCUUUGUGUUCCUGUUCUCCUUCCCGCUGCUCAGGCUCCUUUACUGGAACAGAAAGCUCUACAACAAGGAGCCCAGUGAGAUCGUCGAACUGAAGCAUGAAAUCCACGUCUGGCGCCUGACCGCGCAGCGCAUCAGCCCGGCCAGCCGCGAGGAGACGGCGGUGCGGGCUCUGCUUUUGGGGAAGGUGCUGGAGCUGGAGCGGCUGCUGGCCCGGAGACUGCACACUUUCCACAGACAAAUCUCACAGGAAGAUAAGAAUUGGGAGGCCAACAUCCAGGAGCUACAGAAAAAGCACAGAAUAUCGGACAGCGUCCUGCUGGCCAAGUGCCUGAUGGUGCUGGGGUGCGUCAUCUUCAUGUUCUUCCUCAACUCCUUCGUCCCUGGCGUUCAUCUGGAUCUCGGGUGGAUUGCCAUUCUGGGUGCCAUCUGGCUGCUAAUUUUAGCGGACGUCCACGAUUUUGAGAUAAUUCUGCACCGCGUGGAAUGGGCCACUCUCCUGUUCUUCGCAGCGCUCUUUGUUCUGAUGGAGGCGCUGGCGCACCUGCACUUGAUAGAAUACGUGGGCGAACAGACCACUCUGCUAAUAAAGAUGGUCCCAGAGGACCGGCGCCUCGCAGCUGCCAUCGUCCUGGUGGUCUGGGUCUCGGCCAUCGCGUCUUCCCUGAUCGACAACAUUCCCUUCACGGCUACCAUGGUCCCCGUGCUGCUGACCCUGAGCCAGGACCCCGAGGUCAGCCUGCCCGCGCCGCCGCUCAUGUACGCGCUGGCCCUGGGCGCCUGCCUGGGAGGGAACGGGACGCUGAUCGGGGCCUCGGCCAACGUCGUCUGCGCUGGGAUCGCCGAGCAGCACGGAUACGGCUUCUCCUUCAUGGAGUUUUUCAGGUUGGGCUUCCCAAUGAUGGUCGUCUCCUGCACGGUCGGGAUGUGCUACCUGCUGGUCGUGCAUGUCGUGAUGGGGUGGAAUUGAUAGAAACACCACCUGCAGACCGGGGACCCUGAGCCGCCCGCCACCC